GCUGUGACGACCUCAUGGCGCCGCACACGACACCAACAUGGGGAGUUCCAGCAGUGCGAAUAGGAUUUCUGCGCAGGAUAAAGCUAUCCUAGACAUGAAGAACCAGCGAGACAAGCUGCGCCAAUACCAAAAACGCAUCACGGUGAUAACAACACGCGAAACCGCCAUCGCAAAAGAGUGCCUUCGCCGCGGGGACGAGAAGUCGGCCAAGCUUGCCCUGCGGCGGAAGAAGUACCAAGAGUCACUACUCUCUAAGACGGAUGCGCAGUUGGCCCAACUAGAGAUCCUGACGAGCGACGUCGAGUUUGCGCUCGUGCAGAAGGAUGUCUUGUUCGGACUGCAGCAGGGUACAGCGGUGCUGAAGGAGAUUCACAGGGAGAUGGGUGGGGUUGAGAAUGUGGAGAAGCUGUUGGGGGAGAGCGAGGAGGCGAGGGCUUAUCAGCAGGAAAUAAGCGAGCUGCUUGCGAACAAAAUGUCCAACCAGGACGAGGACGAAGUUGAAGAAGAGCUCGAGGCCCUCGAACAAGAAGUCUCGGGUAUAAAGCUACCCGACGCACCGACGAAACAGAUCGAACUUAGCGAGGAGGAUAAGGCGAGGGUGCGGAGAGAAAGGGCGCAACGAAGAGCGAAGGAGCGUGAAGAGGGGCAGCAGGCGCCGGAGCCUAUGCUAGCAUAACAUUUCAUUUGGGUGUGUAUGGUGGGUUGUGGAUAUAUGCAUUAGAACAAGGCGUUUAGUUCAGACCCUGCUCUGGUAUUAGAUACAGAGCGGCAGCAUAUUCUUUUAGUGGGCUUGGUGUUAUGCACUGGUAGACUCUUGGGAUUAC